CCUAAAAGAGUCAUACAGCCAUGGGCGAAACCCACGUGACACAGAUACAGGAAAUUACUCUGAGUUGGGGCGUCUCUUCUCUUCCUCUUCUAUUCUCUACAAACCGCAUCUGGCCGUUUACAGUGUUUUAUCGCCAACUGACUUGAAAAAAGAUUUUCAAGUUAAAAUGUGCAACGGCUGUGUGCAAAAAGAAUACCCAGAUCGGGGGAACACUUGUUUGGAGAAUGGCUCUUACCUGAUGAACUACCUGGGCUGUGCCAACUGCCAUCAGAGGGACUUUGUGCUGAUCAGCAAUAAAGCCACAGAGGAUGAUGAUGGAGAGGAGAUCGUAACAUAUGACCAUGUUUGCAAAAAUUGUGACCAUGUCAUCGCCAGGCAUGAAUACACUUUCUCUGUUGUUGAUGAAUACCAGGAGUACACUAUGCUCUGCAUGCUGUGUGGAAAGGCAGAGGACUCCAUCAGUGUAUUACCAGAUGACCCCAGACAGUCUGCGCCUCUCUUCUAGACCUUACACCUGCAGGUCAUGAUUCACUUUUUAGAUAGUGUCACCACCACGGACGUGUUGUUGGCUGCUGGCAUCUGGGUUCCAAUCCUUUUUUUAUCAUGCAUUCAAAAUUGUAUGCACGUCUUCAAUUAAGUACACCGCAUUUUAAGUCUUUGGCUGUUUAUAAAUUACUGUAUGCUGAUAUCAGUUGAGCAGGACAUAUAACUUAGUAUUAUCCUACAAGACAACAACUAUUCUGUAUUUGAAUUUACGAUGUACUGUAAAUAAAUAUUUUUACAUUUUAUUUCCAUCUGCAUUUUACUGCCCAACACAUCAUCUGAUGUUGCAAAGUCAGAAUGACAAAAAAGUCAGAAUGACAAAAAAGUCAGUAUGACAAAAUAAGGGGGUUUACUGUGCAGCUAUAGAAAUAACAGCUUUGUUAUCCAAAAAAUGCUAUAAUUUGUAAUAAAAAAUGGUAAAUAGUUAAUUUCAAAUGUUAGAAUAAAAAAAGUAAAAUGCAUCCACUUAAAUGGUUAUUUUUGCCAAAAGCUUGUCCCUAAAUAGUAUGUCUCAUUGCCACCAAACUGCAGUGUUUUAAACAUGUUCAACUCUGAGCCCAGAUGCUUGGGGAAGAUAAAAUCCAGUCUUCACAGUUAUGACCCUAUUUGUGAAGUUGCUUGAGAUUAAAACUUAAUUUCUGACUUUGGAAACGGCAGUUAACAAAAAAAACAACAACAUACAUUUGUACACUAACAUAGACAAGAAGUCCUUU